AUGAAGAUUCUCAGCUUAAAUUUCCUCACCUGCGCGGUCAAGUCAUGCCGCGCCUCGUCAAAUUCUUUCCCCCUCCACCCAAAAGAGGCCGAAUUGGUGCAGGAUGAGACUGAGCUCAACGCACAACUGUUGAUCAACAUCUUGCCGAGGAUCGACUGGCCGGCAUUAUGCACUACAUCUACAGAGCUUGGUUUCCCCGCCCUGCCGAGCCAGCCGCCAACAGCUGAGCAGCUGCAGAGUGAUGAAAAGAUGCUCAAGGAGUUGCACAAUCUUCUCAUCGAGACGCAAAUUAAUCAGGGAAAGCUGGUCUGCUCCAAUUGUGGCCAUGAGUAUGCCAUCCGGGAGGGGAUAGCCAACUUUUUGCUUCCCAGUCAUCUUGUUUGA